CGGUUAAUAUUCAAAUUAGGACUAAGGGACAUACAAUCAAUGUGCGAGUGCAAGUGAGCAACCCGGCAGGUAGUUGGCCCUUUCGUAUCUGUCGCUGAAACGUCACCAGUUCUGGCCAGUCCCGAAGCAUAAGUUCCUGUCGCUGUUUCUAGUCACUGUCAGUCGCAGGGCAACAGCUAGAAGGACUACAUACCAAGCAAGAACUUCGGAAGCGGAAACGGAUACGGACAGGGAACUUCACAGGGACAGAGACUGCAGCAAGCAACUCAUCAUGGUUCAGAUAUCGCAGACGGAGGAGGACAUUAAAAUCUCCAUCGAGCUUAAUCGUUUGGUGACCCGCAAGCCGGAUGUUGUCCUCCUCCCGCAGUAUCUUAAGUUCAACAAUCCUCCCAUUUUCUUUGAGCGGCAUCUGGCCCAGGAGAUCGACGAAAUGGCCAGUUUCUGUCGCAUUUUCAAGAACGAGGCUCGCAUAGUGCUGGUGAAAAAGGAGAAGGGUUUUUGGCCGGAGAUGUUCCAGAAGCUGGACAAAGAAGCGCUUAUGCAGAAGCGCCUAGAAAUUGCCGAUCUGAUUGUGGAGCGCAACAAAAAGCGGGACGAGAAGGCGCUGGAGCGGUACGAGAACAAGAGGCGUGCUGAGAUUGAAAAGGAGAUAAAGCGGGAAACUGCUAUGCGGGAACGGUUGAAGCAAUUCCAGGAGAACUCCGUUCGUGAGGCCCUUGUGGUGGACGUGCGCAAAGACAGUGCCACUCCCAAGGCCGAACAACCGUCUUCGGUGCCUUCCGCCAGCCGCCUGGCCACGCCCCUAAUGCGUCCACCGAUGAGCUCUGUGCGCGGCAGCGGGCGGAUCACUGUUAGCUUCUCAAGCCAACACAAGCGGAGCACGCCCAUGAGGGAGUCGCAGACUACCGUGGACAAUGCUUAUGCUGCUGCCGGUGGACCUAAUGCGGCCGUUAAUCCUCCCAUGGAGAGCCUCGACGAGUAAAGUUAAAACGAGUUAUCCAUUUAACACAAAUUGUGCGUGCGUGCGCUCUUGAGACUGUUCAAAAUGCUUCCUAUCUUCAUAUUUCAACAAUUAAAUCUACAGGUGUGGUCUUUAACAGUAACAAUA